UGUGUCUUGCAUGCCCACUCUGUUUGGGGCAGCGCGUUAUUCGUCCACUGCUGUCUGAAGGCCAACAUGGUCAUGUCCAGUAUCGUUGCAUAUGGAAUCAUGGAUGGAGAUCAUUUGGGAGGCGGAUAAAAUUCUGCAUCUUUUGCUGCCCGUCUCGGCGACGUGAAACAUAAUAAAUCGUACUACGCGCAACGAAGCUGGCCAAUUUUCUCCUUUUUCUGGGGCGCCCGGUUGUGUAUCGAUAGAGGUUCGCGAUAGGAGAUCGGGAAGACCUGGGACUGGCUUGUGCUUUGCGGCUUGACCAGGUUUGUUUUUGGGGAUCUGCGGCGCUUUCUGCAAGGGGGGAGACGAACGAGGGAUGCGAACUGGGACGCCAUCCACUCAAUUGGCGGCGGUUGUCACACUCUAGAAGCGCAAACAUCCAAUCGCCCGACGCAGCACCAACAGCACCGGCAGCAGCGCAGCCUGUCUUUUGCUUGUGACCUCCUGACGCUGCAUUCAAGUUCAUCCCAUCACCAGGUAUUCAAGCCUGAUCCUCCCCGUCGACCUCCCCUCGCUCCAAAAGCGGCUCUGUAGACGCAGCCUCACCUCUUCUGUUCCUCAGUCACGCGCAUCUACGGUAUUAUUCGCGUCAUUGCCGUCGCAUCAAAUGCUCUCCCCGUCCUAUCUGUACGACUACUCCGCUCAAUUACAGCAUGGCGACUUUCGCAGCUGCGUCGCCCGUCGCCGAGGCCAGAAAGACCGCGUCGCAUCAACAAAGGACCCCGAAAAGGUGGAAGUUUGGAUUGGAUAAAAUUGAGUUCGAGUUCUCGCAUCCUUACAAGGCAUGGGAGGCCGGCAUGUCUCCAACUGCCGAUUGGCCCUACAUGGACAUGCACACCGCCAUGUUCGAGUGCAACGCGCCAAAACAACCGGUCGAGUCUCCGAAUUACGAUGUUCAUCUGAGAGCAAUUGCGCUGGUCGCAGCUCUACUCCAAGACUUGUGUGACCGUCCUCCACCUUAUGGAUGUGAACCGCCGCCCUACUGUGCCGACCAUCUACUCCCGCUUUACGCGCUGUCUGACCCUCUCGCGCAAGCCCACCUUCCAGACUAUCCAGAUUCGCUGAGUGGCCCUCCUCCCACUCGGAACCCGACGUCACGAGAUUCGAAGAUGGAUUUUAGCAUAGACUUUGGCGAUACUACCGGCUUCCAAACGAGGGGGAAGAAGGCCAAGAAAGCGGCACAAAAAGCGGCUCAGCAAGCUAAAUGGUUUGAGUCGGACAACGAAGGUGAGGGCAACGCCGCUGGGGAGGGUGGAGAUGGUGGUGAGGGUGGCGGCGACAACGGUGGGAGUGCUGGAGGUGCAGGUGGGGGCGACGACAACAAUGGCGGGGGAGGUGAUGACGAUGACUGGGACUAUGGCGGAAGCAAGAAGAGCAAGAAGAAGAACAAGAAAAAGCAAGAGGAGGAGGAGCGGAAGAAGCAGCAAGAGGAGGAAGAAAAGAAGAAAAAGGAGGAGGAGGAAGCCGCCAAUGCUGCUGACCCUCUUAGUUGGGCCGACGAGACCAAUAACGCUGCUGCAGAUGAUGACUGGACCACAAGCUUCGGGACGAAGAAAGAUAAAAAGAAGAAGAAUAAAAAGGGUGCCAACGGUGCUGUCGAGGACCCACCAGCAACCUCCGCCUUCCAAGAUAUCAGUCUUGAUGACACGGCCCCUAAGCUGGAAUUCAGCUUCGGGGGCUCCGACAGCAAGAAGGAUUCCACCGGUUUCGGGGCGUGGGGCAAGACGUGGGAUUUUGGAACUCUCGACACUGACACGACUAAGGCGGAGGACCCGUCGACCAAGAAGGACAGUGAGGAGAAAGACGAUGCCGAUGACUUUGCCGACAACAAUCCCUGGUCCUUUGGCAAGAAGUCGAAGCAGAAAAGCAACGCUUUUGAUCUUGGGGAUUUGGCGGGCGAAAAUGCAUUCAGUCUUGAUGGCGAUGCCGGCGAUACCAAGCCGACCGACGACGCGUGGGGAUUCUCAACCGUGACCAAGAAAGACAAGAAGAAAAAGGGUAUGGAAGUGAAGAAGGAAGAAGAGUCUCCGCCGGCCGUAGAGGAAGCAAAGGAAGAAGACACCUGGGGUGGGUGGGCCACUACUACCUCCAAGAAAUCCAAGAAGAAGAAAGGCGCUGUUGAGGAGGAUCCAAUCCCACCUCCUCCACCCGCCGCUCCAGCCGCGCCAGAGCCAGCUGCCGCAGAGGACGAAUGGGCGUUUUCUACGAGCAAGAAGGACAAGAAGAAAGGGAAGAAAGGUGCCGUUGAGGAACCCGCCACCGAGACCAAAGAACCCGCCGCUGAUGCAGCUGAUGCUGACACCACGUUUGAUUGGGGGGUUGGAACGGGCAAGAAGGACAAGAAGAAGAAGAACGGCUUUAGCGAUCUACUGGACGACUUUCUUGAGGAGCCCGAUGCUGCCACUAAGCCCGAAACUUUAGCCACCAAUGGCGACGACUGGAUGUCUGGAGCCUGGAGCACCAAGAAGAAAGACAAGAAAGGAAAGAAAGGCGGGGUCGAGGAUAUGUCAGCUUUCGACGAUGAGGAGCCAAAGGCCGACGCUAAAACUCAUGAUGAACCCACGGCCGACGACGCCUGGGGAACGUUUAGUACUGCCAAGAGCAAGAAGGACAAAAAGGGGAAAAAGGGUGUCGAAGCCGAUGAGGAGCCACCGCCGCCUCCGGCGGCACCCGAGCCUUCCGCCGAAGCUGAUGAUAUCUGGAGCAAUUUUGGCAAAAAGGACAAGAAGGGGAAGAAGGGCAAGAUCGCAAGCCCUGAACCGUCGAUCCCAGAGCCUGUACAUGAAGCCGAACCUGAAGCAUUACCUGAGCCUGAGCCCGAGCCUCCCAAAGAUGAGCCGAAAUACGCUGAUAUUAGUGGUUGGGCCAACCUAUCUUCAAAGGAGCGCAAGAAGAAAGAGAAAGAGGCCAGGAAGAAAGGUUUGCUCAUUCCGUCUGAAGAGCCUCCUCCUCCACCCCCAGCACCAGAACCUGAGCAAGAGGAAGAUACAUGGGGAGGCUGGGGCACGGCUGGCAAGAGCAAAAAGGACAAGAAGAAGGGCGGCGACGAACCUGCCGAAGAGCAGGUGAAAGCAGCCGAUCCAGAACCUGAUGCAAAGGCGGACGACGAUGAUUGGGGAUUUGGCCUGUCUGCAAAGGAAAAGAAGAAGAAAGAGAAGGAGGCGAAAAAGAAAGGUCUUCUCGAUGUUGUCGAGGAGACUCCGCCAUCUGCUGAGCCGAUACCUGAUUCACAGGCGAAAGAAGAUGAAAACACCUGGGGAACCUUCGGUAUGUCGGCCAAGGAGAGAAGGAAGAAGGAGAAGGAAGCUAAGAAAAAGGGACUUUUGAAUGUAACGGAAGAACCUUCACCUCCUCCUCCUCCGCCUGAAGCUGAGCCUGAGACUAAAGAGGACGAUAACUUCGCUUGGGGUACUGUCUCUUCCAAGGAUCAAAAGAAAAAGGGAAAGAAAGGGUUUGCCGAGCUCGAUGAAGAACCAUCUGCACCAGUUCCGGAGGAAGAAGCGAAAUCAGCGCCUAAGGAGGAGGACACUUCGCCCGCUUUCGGCCUUUCCGCGAAGGAGAAGAAAAAGAUGGAGAAGGAGGCCAAGAAGAAGGCCGCCAGCGCGGCACUAUCACCUGAACCCGAACCGGAGCCUGAUACUGCCGGACAAGAGUCCAAAUUGGCUGAAGAGGACAGCAACGAUAUAUGGGGCACUUGGAACACUACAAGCAAAGACAAGAAAAAGUCAUCCAAGACUAGUGAGGCGGUUGGCAAUGACAGCAUCUGGGAUGCCUGGGGCACCAAAGACAAAAAGAGUGGGAAGCAGUCCAAAGCCAAAGAUGAACCACCGCCCCCUGCUCCGAGUCCACCAGCUCAAGGUUUGACACCCGAACCUGAAGGUACGCAGCUGCUUGAGAAUGAGGCUGAGGAUGACACCUGGGCGGCCUUGACCAAGACAAAGAGCAAGGCAUCCUCGAAACAGAGUGCAGUUUCCAAGUCUAGCACCUCCAAAGACAAGACCAAGAAGGCCGAUAGCAUUGACGACGUUGGCGAGGGUGCAGCCGCCGAAAAGGCCGCGAAAAGUACCAAGGGCAGCAUAUGGGGAUUCGGGAUGUCGACAACCACGACCAAACUGACCAAGAAGGAGAAGGAAGCCAAAGCCAAGAAGGAGGCCGAGGAACAAGCCAAGAAAGAGGAGGAGGAAAGGCCAGCUCGCGAGGCUGCGGAGGCCGCAGAGGCCGAAGCAGAGGCAGAGGCAGAGGCAGCACGAGUAGUUGCGGAAGAAGCAGCGAAGAAAUCAAAGACCAAGAGCGGCAAGCAGUCAAAGACCGAAUCGAAAGUCGGUAAAUCCAAGAACGCCGCUGAUCUGCUUGAUGUACUUGACGAGCCAACUCCGGGCAAAGUCGACAAAAGUUCCAAGUGGAAGGAAGAAAAAGAAGCCAACAAGACUGACGACUAUUUUGGCUUCUGGGGUAGCGGGUCAACGUCCAAAAAGACAGCUGGCAAAAAGGAGAUAGACUCUAAAAAGGAAAUUACCAAACAGGGGGCGACCAAUGAGAACGAUCCACUAGCCAGCCAUACGAAGGACCUCGACCUUGGGUUCGACUUCGACGAGCAACCAGCUUCAACAAAAUCUCCAAAGGCAAUGACCACUACCACUGGGAAGAACAAGUUGGGUGGCUCUGUCGCUGAUCGCAUCAAAGCGUUGGAAGGCGGCGCGAAAGACGACAGCGGAAAGAAAUCCAAGACCGCCUUGCUGACUAAGAAUUCGCCUCCAGCUGAAGGAGCGCCAUCGCCCAAAGAGGAAAAAAAGUCAAAAGACAAAGCCUCAGCCGGCAAGACGAAGACGACCUCGACGGCCGAACCAAAGUCCAGCAAAAAGAAAGCCGACGGCCCAGUUGUGACCGAAAAGAAGAAAUCUAAGGACUCGGUCCCAGGAGGCUUCCCUGGUGCAUUGAGUGACGAAGAAGUUGACGAUCUUCCGGACAGCCCUCCUGCACCGCCUUCGCCUGAGAAGCGCAAGUCGGAAACCAAAACCAAGGUGUCUGAAAAGAAAGGGAGCAAAUCCAAGAGUAGCACCCCCAAGGAGUCAGCUGUGAAGAGUCCAAGUCCAGCCGACGAGACGCCUGAAGCUCCGCUACCGACACCUCCACCGGAGGAGAAGAAACCGGUCAAGAAAGAACGUCCCCGUGUCGAACGCUCCGCCACUUCUUCCUGGGGUUUCUGGGGUGCAGCACCUCCACCAAAGAAAUCCAAAGACAAAGCGAAGGAGAGUGAAAUGUCGCCGCCAGCCAAGAAAGAGAAGUCGCCGCCUGGCGUGACUCGGUCCCUGUCCACGCGCACACCGAAGGAAAAGGAGCGAGAGGACAAGAAAGAGAGCGAGAAUUCCGGCUCUGAUGAGAAACCGAGGAGAGCUUCGGAAAAGCCAAAGCCCACGCGAGGUACCUCGUUCUCCAACUUCAUGUUCGGUGGUCCGCCACCGUCGGCGAUGCAGCGUUCAAAGACGACUCGAAGGUCUAGCAGUGCCGCCAGCUCCAGGCCAUCAUCAUCAAGACGUCGAUCCGAGGACGGCCUGGUAUCACCUCCUCCCGAGGGUGAACCACAAGUUAAUGAGAAGGUGGCCAAACUUAUGGGAAUGAAGACCAGCAAGGUUGCCCGACGCCAAUCGGUCAAGGGCAAAUCUUCAGCAGUUCCUGACCCGUAUCCAAUCGAUGACGAUGAUAUGGUGAUGAUUCAUACCCACGAUAAUCCACCGGCUGUCAAUGGAGCUUCUGCUCCUGAGAAGUCCAAGUCCAAGUCUUCCAAAAAGAACGAGUCGAAACCAAGCAAGAAAGACAUCUCUUACGACGACGACGUUGUCAUGGUCGAUGGCCCUGCACAUGGCGAUCCGCUCGUCACCAGUGGACCCGAUGAUCUUGCUUUUGUGGACCAUCCACCCCCUCUGAAAAGAAGCAAUACUUCAUCGAGGAAGUCCACUGGGUUCUUUGGCAGUAUCUUUGGCGGUGGUUCGAAGCGUGUCGAGCCUGACAACGAAAGAAGACGGAGUGUGGUAAUGACUGAUGUCGAGGACCAAAGUAUGCCAAUCCGCACCAAGGACCGAUCGAAGAGGAAGUCCCGUGUCGUGGAUGGAGAAGGAUUCACCACCGAUGCUCCUGCCGAUACCGAUGCCGACAUUGAAGCUCGUCGUGCUGAACGGAGGGCUAAACGAGAAGCGCGUGAUCGGAUGGAAGAAGCCGAUCGAAUCGAGCGUGAACAAAGACGCAAGGAGAGGCGAGAACGGGAAAAGGCCGACCUCGAAGCCCGUCAACGCAAAGCUCGCGAACGCGCCAGACAGGAACAGGAAGAAGAAGAAAGACGGCGCGAAGAAAAGCGAGCUCGGCGGGCAGCUAGAGAGGCCCGUAUGAAGCAGGAAGAGCUCGAAUUGAAUGCCGAAGCCGAGAGACGACGAGAAGAGCGACGGCGGCUACGAGCUCAACUUGAAGCCGAACAAGGCGAUGCGCAAGAAGCCCUAAGAGAAGAAAGGCGGAAGUCAUACUAUGCCGAGGAAGAAGAGCGUCGACGACGGAAAGAAGAGCGCAAGUCCAAAGACAAGGACCGAGGCAGGUCGAGCCGCAAAAAGUCUAGUGCGCUUAUGGAAGAAUACCAUGAAAGCCGGAGCGGUAGUGGCAAAGGAACGGCACCACCUGCCGACAAGACGAGUUCAUGGGUUAACUCGCAAGCGGAUGAACCUCCAGAAGUGCCGCCCGUUGAGGGGACAAUCUUGGAUCCUAGUGGUGAGAAGCCCCGUCCUGCAGACGAGACACGACGCAAGGGGUCGCGUCGCGCAGAAGGCAAAAGCGCCAGCGGUGGUAGCGACGAGAGAGAGCGAGAGAAAGAGAGAGAUCGAAAAGAGAGAAGACGACGAAAAGAGCGUGAUCCGGCCGAUGAUCGUGACCGAGGCUAUGGUGGUUAUGGCUACGACGAGGUGCCGGUCAAGACUUGGGAUGGACGACCCACGCUCGGCCGCAAUGACAGUAAGCGUCGGAGCUUUCUAGGGGGACUGUUCUGAGCAGCGACCGAUGGUCGACAUACAGAGUGGGCCAAGGAGUUUGCCGGACAGACAGCCUACGUCUGACCCUGCGUUGCCGACGUCAGCGGUGACCUCUGGGACACCAUCGACAACAAGCGCAGCGCGCACCUUGUCAGUUUGCAGGUUUUAUCGACUCCCAUCUCAGUGAGAAGCUGUUGUUUCUUUUUUGAGCGUGAGAAGGAGCGAGUUUUGCUUUCAUGUGCAUGGUUCGAGCGAGCGAUUUUGUUGGUUCUUAUUUUCUUUUAGCAUACUUUCAUAGAUACCCCCUUCUGUUCUCCGUUUCAUAUAUACCUUUGGCAGUAUUGCUCUCAAUUCAUGUUCAUUUUUCGUGG